AAGGGCUGACUAGAAAUGACACUCAUACGUUGUUGGCUAUCUGCUCAGACCUUGAUGCCUGGAAAAAGGGACUCCAUGCCUACCUCUUCCCUUGUUUUCACAUCUUUUUUCUUCUUUCUUAUUCUUUCAGAUUCAGUUGGGCUAAUCCACGGCAUUGGAGUAGGAAUCAACUAUGGGCAGAUUGCCAACAACCUGCCAUCUCCCUCCCGUGUGGCCGUGCUCCUAAAAUCACUGAACAUCAGCAGAGUAAAGCUGUAUGAUGCUGAUCCCAAUGUUCUAAGAGCCUUCUCCAAUUCUGAUGUUGAGUUCAUCAUUGGACUUCCUAAUGACAACCUUGCAGCCAUGACUGAUCCCACCAAAGCCCAAGCUUGGAUUCAGCAGAAUGUUCAACCCUUUCUUCCCCAGACCAAGAUCACCUGCAUUACAGUUGGGAAUGAGAUCUUAUCCGGCACCGAUAAGCAGUUAAUGUCGAAUCUCCUACCUGCAAUGCAGUCAGUACAUAGUGCUCUUGUAAGCCUGGAGCUAGAUGACCAAGUGGGUGUUGUAACUGCCCAUUCACUGGCCAUCUUGGCUGAAUCCUUCCCUCCUUCCUCAGGUUCUUUUAGGCAGGAUCUUGGAGGAUAUCUCCAACCCCUUCUCAAUUUCCAUUCUCAGAUCAAUUCCCCAUUUCUGAUAAAUGCAUAUCCCUAUUUUGCAUACAAGGAUAACCCAGAUGAAGUGUCAUUAGACUAUGUCCUUUUUAGGCCUAACCAGGGAACAACAGAUCCAGUCACAAAUUUGAAGUAUGAUAAUAUGCUGUAUGCUCAAAUUGAUGCUGUUUAUUCAGCAAUCAAAGCCAUGGGGCAUACUGAUAUUGUGGUUAGGAUAUCAGAAACCGGUUGGCCAUCUAAAGGGGACUCCAAUGAGGCUGGAGCCACAAGGGAUAAUGCAGGAAUAUAUAACGGCAAUUUAUUGCAGAGAAUAGCAGAGAACCAAGGCACUCCUGCAAGACCAUCUCUCCCCAUUGACAUCUAUGUGUUUGCUCUUUUCAAUGAGGAUCUCAAGCCUGGCCCAACAUCAGAGAGGAACUAUGGGCUCUACUACCCUGAUGGUACCCCUGUUUAUGAUAUUGGAUUGCAAAGUCAGCUUCCACAGAUAGCUUCUGCAGCUUUUUACAUCGACUCGGCCUCCACCAGAAAUGCUGUGUCCAUCGUCAGUCUUCUCAUCUUUGUCACACUAUGUUUAAUCAUUGUCCGAGAGGGCCUGUAAAAUUCAAAUUAGAACACCAAACCAAGGAAAGAGCGUUUUGUGGGAGACUAUUCAAAUCUCCCUAUUGUUGCAAGAGGAGAUUUUAGAAGGUCAGAAGCUCAAUUCUUUCUUAGUUUCGUCACAUCAGAAGUUCCAUUUUUUAACUAGUAGGACAAAAAAUAAAAAAAAAAAAAAAAA